UACAGUCUUGAUGAGCUAGUUACAAAAUUCAAUAUAAGUCGUCACAUCAUCAAUGGGUUCGAGAUCGACCACAAGUACAGUUUCUAAACAUGGGAUCGACAGGGUACAUACCGACCCCUGUGCUUUAACUGCCCCUAACCCAAUAACAACAACACUCAACAGCAACAAGGGCGUAUCCGACCACGACUUUCCUCGCCUCUCAACCAACACCAAAAACAACAUAAACAUGAUGUCCUACCGUGACGGAUCGAAGAAACAUAUACACCGAGAGGUCUACGCUUCUCUUUGCACAUACACUGGCUGUUUGUUCUAGCUCUGGACUAUGUUCAAGUCUGAAGUAAAGUAUACGUGAUGGUUGGUUUGUUACCUAUCGUAAAGACCAUAACUAUCCCGUGCCAAAAGCCCAACACUAAACUAAACCCUGAGUUCCCAUUUUCUGGCUCAACCGUGACGUUCUUGCUCUGCUAGUGUUAAAGAACAUAAGAUUAAAGACAAUUGCCGAAGGCCCAUUGGCUUUGGGUAGAAAAAUGUGCCUUAAAUCUGUAACUUUUAUGAUGUUCAAGUAUUCCCAAUAUGAGAGCAGUGUUCCUUAAAUCUAUAACUAUUCUCAAAAAAGUAUUUAGUAAUGUUUUUUUCUGACUCUAAAGUUACCUAAUAAUGUAUCUAGUGAUCAAGAGUUGAAAGCAAAUGGUUUUGUUGCCUCUGUUCACUUAACAGUAAAUAGGUACCAGAUUUACCUGAUUUUACCUGAGGGCCACUAACCCUAGUGAGCUCGACGAGGACAGGAAGCCAUCAGCUUAUUGAAAGGGCCCUUGCCAUUUGACCUGGACAUUAGUCAACUGUUGUGGAGUUGUAUCCUGGGGAAGAACUCAAGAAUGGACCAGGGAAAUUCAACUAAAAUAUAUGACAGCCAUGAUUUUGCUAGUGGAGAGAUUUCAUCUUCCCAAAGUAUCAACAUAUCAGUAAUGAAGGUUAACAGUGAGCUCCCUCAUUAUUCAGAUAAAGAAACUAAUUAUUUGCAAGAAUCUUUUGGUACUUCUGUAUUAUAUAGUGGACGUUCAUAUGUACGCAAGUUCAAGCCUAAUAAAGGCAGUGGAAUGUUUAGAAAAAAAAGUUUCCUUGAUGUAAGUACUACAGAUGAAGCAGGAUAUUCACUCAGCCAGCAGCAAAACAAUGGAUUGCAUAAAAUAAAUUUAAGGGGUGAGAUGCUCUGCUUUCCUAGUGUAACAAAAUUGUGCCAGGAAAUAAGAGAUUUUGAAGCACCUUUAACAGAAAUAAAAGAUAACGACAUUAGAAUAACAAAUUAUCCUAAUGAGAAAGAACUGCAGAACCCUGUUCUGAAAGAUCUAAUGAAAAAUAUGGAAGCAUAUUAUCGAGGUUCUGAAAGUGCUUCAUUAAAAACAACAACUAAAAAAAUACAAUAUGAUAAACACAGGGAUGGUAUUGCAAGUAUGUGUAAUGAGACUCUUCAAGAUAAUGUGAGAAAUGCUGUGAGGAAAGCUGGGAACGAAACCAUUUGGUAUGAGUGCCAAAAGUGUCAUUUAGAAUUUUGCACCCCCAAAGGUCUUGCAAAUCAUGUUAAGACACACCCAAAAGUAAUGAUUGAAAAAAAUACAUGUGUGCACUGUAGAAAAGGUUUUGACAAUGCUAAUGACUUAAGUGAUCAUUUACAUGCUGAGCACAUUUUUGAUAUAAUGAACUACACAUGUGAAUCAUGUCUAGUGGAAUGUAUUAGUGCUGAUUUGUUUGAUAAACAUCAGUAUUCGUGUCAUAGAAAGCAAGAUACAUCAUGUCUCUUUUGCUCAAAUUGUGACAAAGUUUAUUAUGAUCAAGAAAUGCUUAACUAUCACAAGGACCAACGAAAACAUUGUCAUAUAUGUUGUCUGAACUACUGUAUGUCUUCUGACCAAUUUAAAACCCACAAAGAAAAACACAUAUUGUUUAAAUAUAAAUGUCAGAGUUGCAAUACCUCCUUUAUAACCAAGGCAGCUUUAACAAAGCAUUUAGAGAUGAAGAAUUUAUGCUUUCAGAUAUUAAGUGACAAGGGUGUAAAUCAUGCAGAAUCAUAUGAAUUUGACCAUGAUCAAAUUAAGGACUUUGGUAUUCACUCAGAAAGGAAUCAAGAGGUUGAGGAUAAUAUAACUGAAGAAAUUCACAUUUCCUCUACCAAGAAAGAGAAGACACACAAGUGUCUUUUGUGCACUGCUAAGUUUGCACUUGUCAAGAAUAUGUGGAGGCAUGUAGCUGUCAUCCAUCAAAAAGACUUACAGUUUGAAAGUCUGCAGCAUUUACCAACACCUAUAGGUCAUCAGUGCAACAUAUGCGAGAAGAAAUUUACCAGAAAAUCUAAUCUUGUUUCUCAUAUGGCAACACACAUACGUGGAACAUGCAGCAUAGAUGAUGGUCAGCCACAAUGUUCAGUUUGUCAAAAGACCUUCCAAAAGCAGCGGUAUCUUGUUGAUCACACGAGGUUGCAUACUGGGCGUGGUACUCAUCAGUGUCGUCACUGUGAUAAAAAAUUCUUGAGGCAAUCUCAUUUGAAGUCACAUAUGGAAAUGCAUGAUAGUUUUCACAAAUUUUAUUCCUGUCCACACUGUGAUAAAACAUAUAUGCGAAAGAGAGAUCAAGUGCAUCAUGUGCGUAUGAUACAUGGUUCUGCUCAUGACGUCAUCUCUAAGACAGAGACGGUGAAAAUGGAAGGAUUUUCAUGUUCAGCAUGUGACAAAAAGUUUUCUUCAGUAUUAAAGCUUCAGAUGCACGAAGUCAUACAUACUGCUACAAAACCGCCUUACAAAUGUCAGGAAUGUUCUCAAGAUUUUCCAACACUAAGUACUCUAAAACGCCACUACUUGAUUCACUGGGACCUGAGACCAUUUUCUUGCUCUGUCUGCAGCAAGAGCUUUCGGUACAAACAAAGUUUGAACCGGCACAUGAUGACACAUACUGGUGAGAAGCCACACGUAUGCAAGCACUGUGAUAAAGGUUUUGCUCUGAAAGGUACCCUAAAUGUACACAUGCAACAACAUUCAACAGUGAGAACAUUUAAAUGUUACAAAUGUGAAACAAUCUUUGAGAGGAAGCAAGAACUAAAAUCUCAUCUUUGCAGUAGGAUAACAAAGCAGGGAUCACCUGCUGAAAGCGUCUGUACUGAAUUUGUGUACAGAAAACCUAAUUCCUGUACAACUUACGACAACCACAAUGCUACAAGGAAGGAAAAUGAAUCUAUGGCUAAUCUUCCUGGUAUUUUAAAUGACUUAACAGCCAUAACUCUAGUAUCCGAUACUUGUAUAGAUAAUUUAUUACCCGUCACAGGGCUAAAUUCCACCAAUAUCACAGGUACUGUUAUGCCAGGCGGGCAUUUAAUCACCGAAGUUAAUGAAAUGAUAACCAUAAAUGGGACAGCGUCAAAUUGUAUUGGUGAAACACCUUUUGAAGUUAAAAUUUCCAAUCGGCCAAAGGGAAACUUACAGGCACCUCAAGAUUUGGAGGAUACCUUUGAAGAAAACACACUCUUGCAUGCAUCCUAUUUUCAAAAUGGGAAACAAACCACUGUUCUUUCAGACUCGUGUAAAGUAAUGGAUGAAAAAAAUGAAUCUGUAAACCUAAGUAAAUGUUCAAUAUUAGAAGCUAAGCAAGAAUCUGAAGUGGAUGAAACAACCAUUUAUACUUUGAUAACUAUAGAUGGCGAGUUAAAGCAGCCAACAUUUAUUAGUAUUCCAGCAAUUUCAAACAGUGAUACUGAAGAGAAUGUAACACUUCAAAUAAAUUUCCCAGAAGAUGGUUCAGAAGUUUUUAUUAUAGAGAAUUGAUUUGAUUUACAGUAAUAAGACUUGCCAAGAGCUAAACCAGACACUUUUGUAAACCAUUUUAUUUGUAUGCUGGUAUGACAAUAUAGAACGUGUUCACGUUUGGUAUUAGAACUCUGGCAACCUUAAUUCUUCAACAUUAAGAACCUUACAGAACCUAGAACCUUAAUUCUAGGCACAGCAGAUUCUAAUGAAACUUAAGUUAUUGUCUUGAUACACAGCAGCAGCAUCCAUACCAACUACAUCCAGCUAGUAAUAAAAGUUUUUUUCAGGAUGUAACAUUAAUGAAUAAAACAAUUUUGCA